CUGUGCGAGUAGCAUCGUGCGACUGUUCAAACUUUCCUUCUAUUCGUCCAUGCCGCUGUUGAUCAUAACACUACGCGUACAUGGCUAGUUUACACGUUCUCUCUAACAUUUCGGCUUUGAAUUUUCAGUGAUUUAUCGAAAGAAUCGAUCAUUGGUUGAGAGUAAAAAAAGGUGACGAAUUAUUUAUUCGUAUUUGCCCGAGCGUCUUUCAUACUGUGCUCCCCUGUGAUAAUGUGAUUGAACCGAUUGGUUCGCCAACAUCCUUAUAAAUAAAUAAAUACCUCCAUCGAGUGUGUUUAGUGAUUACAAAUAAAAAGUAACCCAGUGCUCAGAAAUCAUGGCUGCUUUGAAAUUAAAGUUCGUUCGUGUGCUUCUUGUGUGUUUGAUCGUGGCCGCGCCGUUCGCGAGGGCCGAGGACGAUUACUGCACGAGCAAUCGCUUCCAAAAUGCGUUCAGCGGUCUUGGCUUCACCAAGGAGGUGGUGUCCAGCGAAUACGCAAACAUCGCGUCCUUCAAGGCUCUGCACUGCUGCCUGAGAGGAUAUCACAGCAUCGAAUGGUACAAGGACGGCCGACCGUAUCCGUGGCCCGGCAGCGAGAGCAGCUUCAUCCUGUAUCCCGAGAGUGCCAAUCAGACCAUUUACACUCAAGAGGCCAGAGCCUCCGAUGCGGGAAGAUACUCGUGUCGAGCCAGCAACGACACGACUAUCGUCAACGGAGAUAUCACGCUUCAAGUGCUCGGCGAAGACUCCAACAAUGGCUACAAGGGCCGACCGCUGCCGACCUACAAGCCGGCCUCGCAACUGGUCGCCCUCGGCGACACCGCGAGACUCUUCUGCGAGGCUUACCUCGGUCAGGUUUACGUGCCCGACGCGCACAACUCGGUGACCUGGCGCAAGGUCGGCGAGAACGACACCGUGCCGGAGGUCGGACGAGUCUCCCAGUACAGCGUUUCACGAGAUGACAAGCAAGUGGUGGGCUCCUACCUGGUGAUCGAGAGCGUAUCGGCCAUGGAUUACGGCGAAUACGUAUGCGAAAUCAGCAACGGCAUCGACGAAGAGGUUCUGCUCGUUGCUAACAUCUAUCGUUCGAGACCAGUCGUUUUUGGAGUCAACACACCGGAACUCUUAUGGCGCAGGCCUUUGCUCUUCACGAUCCUCGUGGUCUUCAUUCUGUUCUCUCUGAUCGCUCUCUACGUGCGCUGCUGGAUGUCGAUGGCUCUUUUUUGCCGGGACUUCGUCAGGCGACGCUGCGAAAAUGAUGGAAAGGACUUCGACGCUAUAGUUUGCUUCCAUGAAAAAGACUCGGAUUUGGCCACCAACAACAUCAUACCCACUCUCGAAUUCAAGUACAAGUACAAGUGCAUAACUCUGGAGCUCACGCAUCUCACCCAGCACUGGAGCUUGGAGAUCAAUCCACACGCGUCGAACGUCCGUCGCGUCAUACUGAUCGUCAGCCCAGAUUCGAUCAACUCAGGAUGGACCGAAUCGAGCUUCAGCGGUGCGCUGAAACAGUUCUCCAAUCUGCCCAUACCCACGAUCGUGGUCGCUCGCAAAGAUCCACCGGCCAACUUGGUCAGCGUGCGCAAGAACAGCACCACCGGCUGCCAGAUCACCACCGAGAAGCAGCAAACUGCCCUGCCGGACAACGUCACGGUCGUGCCCUGGUCGAACCAGCGUAAAUUCUGGCCGCGAAUUCGACUGGCCAUGCCGACCAUGUGCGCUCCUAGUCACGAGAGCCUGGCCAUGCUCAACACCGUGCCCACCGUGGUCGUCCAGGCGUGCAACGCCGAGCCCGCCCGAGUCCACUUGCCGACCAGCCGGUCGAGCGAGAGCCAGCAGAUACUCGUCUAGAACGAGCACGCGCCUCCCGACGACAGCGUCGGCGGCGGCGGCAGCUGCUACGAAUGGGUAUAAGGCUGCUGCUGCCAGGCUUCUUCUUCGAAGCGAGCCUUUCGAUGUUUGCGUGUACGUUCGUGCGAGUCGAUUUUUAGUUUCUAUAGGGACAGUGUGAUCGAAAAACAUUCAAACAGGCUAUGACGAUUUAGUUUCAUUUUUUAUACACUUUUCAACCUAUCGUAAGACUGUAUACGAACUGCACUUGGCCUAAAACGACAAGGUAUCGCACUAUAAAAGUGUGUGAUAUUAUAUUAGUUAAAAUUAAAAUCAAGGAAUUAAAAAACUAUGCGUGAAUUUUUUCUUCAAAUUCAUUCGAAUAUAAUUA